CCCACAUAAAAUGGGGAUGCCUCUUUAAGAAACGGAGGUUAGGGAAGCUAGGUGGUCUACCUAGCCAAUAGGAAGUUUAGUUUCCAGUGAGUUUAAACCAAUCAGAAUUCGGACUGCCGCUGCAGGACCCGCCCUUCCGCAGCACUGAGUGUGUAAGCGAGAGAGAUCCGGAAACGAUUAAGCUGGGCAGCGUGAGAGUCUCUGUUUUAAAACAGUUAUACAACUCUAAACAAACGCUUUCCCAGAUCAUCCGACUUCUAAGCUGGACGCGUGAAGUGAAAAAAAAAAGAAAAGGAAAGACAAGUUCACUUUUUCUGCUGAACACCGUUAGAGCUGACUCGUUAGCUCUAACGGCCAACGGCUACUGGUUUAGCUCUAACGGCUACUAGGCUAACGUUUUAAGUUCAUCUUGUUCUCCGUUCAGCUGAAGUGCCUCACGGGUCCGGACUGAGAGCCACCAUAUUGUUGUCCCUAACGUGUCGCAUUGAGAUCGGUCAGGUUUUUUUGUUUAUGCUGGAUUGUUCCUGAGGUGGAUUCCUCCUGUGACUUUGAUGGCGAGCCUUCCCACCUGGACUUAGAAAGAACUGGAUUCCUGGAUUCCUUCUUUUCCGUUUGGAGUCCUGCUGCACCCCGCGGUGUGGUAGGCUGGUACCACUCACAUCUUCACACACAGUUGGUUAUGAAUGAGACCCCUGACUGACAUUUUUCUUUUUAUUGUUUAAUCCUGGAAUUUCUGAUCUCACCUUUUGGACUGGUUUUUAUUUGGUACUUCGUAACAAACUGCUGUGUAGGAAAUUCUCCUCAUGUGAAUGGUGUUGAGCUGAACCUAAUUGGAACUGGAAUUGAUUGAUCUGUUGCCUAUUACGAUUUAGAAUUCAGAUUACCAGGGUGCACCCAAAAGAUUCAAAACUGAGAACUAGCACUUGGCCAAGUAUUUGUAUUAUUUUUUUGUAUUUUAUUGUGUGUAAUUUUAUUUUCAUAAUUGUGUGUCUUGUAUAACUGUUUGUUAAUUUCAUGGUUUAUGUCACUAAAGCCAGUUGUUUUUUUUAAAUUCAUUUAACUGCCUUUAUGUGUCAUUUAAACACCCCACUAUGCUCCGAUAGUCGAACCUAUUGGCCCAUUCAUCUAAUAUAUAAAAUACCCUUCUCAUCUGUGUUACAGAGGAAGCUUUGGCGAGCCAGCCAGGAGCUAGAGUGUGUGUUUAAGUGUCAGACAUCUUAUCCCUGUUGUUUGAACGUCCCAAGUACUUUUUCUGAAAAGAAAAAUGGAUGUGGUACUCCGGGAGUCCGUACAAAUUUCCCAUUCUGUGGUUGUUAGUGGUUUAACAGGGUCAGAGACAGAUGAGGAAGUGUCCACCUUUCUCCAGAAGUAUGGGUCCAUUAAUCGUUACAUUCGCUUAGAUGAUCCUAAGUCAGAUUUCCAUAAAAACAUGAUUAUUGAGUUUUCACAUGAGACUGCCAUGCAGACAUUAGAGCCAUUGUUGCCUCUUCAGCUUCCAAGCACGACUCAAGCAGGCAUUGUGUAUGAGUUAAAGGCUUUAGGAAGUGUCUACACAUUAGACGCCAGAAGCAAAGCUACUAAGAUGUACAUGGAACAGCUCUCUGAAAUUGCCAGGCUGAGUGGAAAUUCAUUAGGGGAAAUGUUGAAGGAGGAACUUAAAAAUCUGGUUUCAUCUGCAGAAAGUAUUUUUGUCCAAUCACCUGAGACUGAUCCAGAAUCCUCAGCUUCACAGAGUCCAACCCCACGAAAAGACUCAACUAGCCAAAGAGAUGUUUCAUCUUCUGAAAACCCUCAACCAGUGACGCCUACCAAAUCCACGAUUUUGACACCGGCAAGUGAUCCAAGUGAGCCUCAUACCCCUUCCAUUUCCAGUAAAAACCUGAUUGAUCUCAACCCCCCACAGACUUUUUCUGUUUCAUCUGCAUCCACUGCUAUGCCCCUAAUCGAUGUUAACCCACCUGCAGUUCAGCGAGUGGUGGUUGAGCAUGUGGUGCGCAGCAAUGAUAACUCACCCCAGUUUGCUUCACCCAGUAGACUCAGAGCUUUUUCAGGCAAGAGUCCACGUCCAAGCCAUGAAGCAGAUUAUGAUACAUGGCGUGCAAGUGUUGAAAUUCUUGUCAGAGACCCAUCUGUGUCAGACUUGCAUUGCACACAUCGUAUAUUAGACAGUCUUCUUCCUCCUGCUUCUGAAAUGAUCAAACAUUUGAGCCCACAGUCUAGUCCCUCAACUUAUCUCAAGUUGCUUGACUCCGCUUACGGUACAGUUGAAGAUGGUGACGAGCUUUAUGCUAGGUUCAUGAGCACGUUCCAGAAUGAUGGAGAGCUACCUUCUGUUUUCCUGCAGAGACUGCACACUGCUCUAAGCAAAACAAUGAGACGUGGUGGUGUGUCCGCUCAUGAGUUUGACCAACAGCUUUUAAAGCAGUUCUGUAGAGGUUGUUGGGAAAACGCUUUAAUAGUCGAUCUUCAGUUGGAACAAAAGAAAGAAAAACCACCUACCUUUGCAGAACUGUUGCUCCUUCUUAGGACAGAAGAAGAUAAACAGGCUGCAAAAAUGACUCGCAUGCGACAGCAUUUUGGCCAUGCUAAGUCUGGCCAUAACCCCAGCAGGCAGCGUGCCAUGUCACAAGUACAUAUUGCACAUGACACAGUUGAUUUGAUAAAUAAAACCGAUUUUGAGAUGCUCAAGCAACAAAUUGCUGACCUCAGCGUUCAGGUGAAGAGCAUGGUGUCCGCAGGCCAAAAGCCAAAACAACCUAAGGAACAAAAAGCAAAGUCUGUUCCUCUAAGUGUCACACAUGAAGCCCAUGUGGUGAAACCAAAAACAGCCCAUCAGCAUCCCUCCACAUUUAAAGCAAAUGGCAGACCACGUCCCUGGUACUGUUUCCAAUGUGGAGAGGAUGGCCAUGUUGUUUCAGUUUGUGAUAAAGCACCAAAUCCUUCCCUAGUAGCAGCUAAGAAAAAACAGCUAAAAGAAAAGCAGGCUGCUUGGGAAGCCUCUAAUGCUUCUCAAAGUGAGACACAUUUAAACUAGUGUCGGCUCCCAUAGAGGGACGUAUGGGAGCAAAGUUACAAAACUCCAGUCCCAAAACCAUGAAAUCUGUUGUCAAGAGUGUUGAGGUAGAAGGGUCAAAAUUACCACAUGGCCUUGUGGGAACUAAAACCACAGCUCAAGUAUACAUUGUAGGGAAAGACACAAACUGUCUCCUGGACACAGGUUCACAAGUCACAACUGUGCCCCUGUCCUUUUAUGAAGAACACCUUUCUGAUCUGACCAUUCAUUCUUUAAAUGAUUUGCUUGAAGUGGAGAGUGCUAAUGGCCAGUUUGUUCCCUAUUUAGGAUAUGUUGAGCUUACCAUCACCUUUCCAAAAGAGUUUGUUGGCUCUGAUAUUAAAAUUAACACUUUGGCCUUGGUUAUUCCUCACCUCCGCUCUGCAGCCCAUGAACAGGUGCUUAUAGGCACAAACACACUUGACGUUCUUUAUGCUGAUUACCAGAAACGUUCAUCUUUUCAGCCUUUGAUGAAUGGAUAUCAGGCUGUUCUCAAAAUACUUGAGAUACGACAAAGGGAGCUUAACUACAGCAGCCUUGGUUGUGCAAAACUAACGGGCAAGUUGCCUAGAGUUGUCCCUGCAAGGCAGACCGCUGUUGUUGAAGCUUUUGUUCAUGUUGAUCAUUUGAACAUUCAAAGAGAUGUCAUUCUUGAGCAACCAUCAGCUUCUUCUCUACCGAAUGGCUUACUCGUUUCAGCGAUUGCAGUAACUUUACCAAGCAAACGCUCAUGUCAUAUUCCUGUCGUACUAAGAAAUGACACCAAUCAUGACAUAGUCAUUCCCCCCAAAACUAUUGUGGCAGAUGUUAAUGCUAUAGUACAGGUGUUACACAAAGAACACACUGUCAAUGAACCAGACUGUUCUCAAUUUCAAGCGGAGUCUUCCCCAGAACUGAGCUUUGAUUUUGGAGAUUCACCUUUAUCCACUGAAUGGAAAGGGCGAAUAACAAAAAUGUUAAACACCAUGCCAAACGUUUUCUCUCAGAAUGACCUGGAUUUUGGCCAUACUGAUAAGGUGAAACACAGAAUAAAGCUCAGUGAUGAGACGCCUUUUAAGCAAAGAGCACGUCCGAUACACCCCAACGAUGUGGAUGCUGUGAGACAACAUCUACAGGAACUCCUUGAUUCUGGAGUCAUACGGGAAUCUGAAUCCCCAUUCGCUUCCCCAAUCGUUGUGGUUCGCAAAAAGAAUGGUUCUGUUCGUCUGUGUGUGGAUUACAGAAAGCUGAAUAUGCAGACCAUUAAAGACGCCUACGCUCUUCCAAAACUGGAAGAUGCUUUCACUGCACUUGCUGGUUCUAAGUGGUUCUCCGUUUUAGACCUCAAGUCAGGCUACUAUCAGGUCGAAAUGGAAGAAGCAGACAAGCAUAAGACUGCAUUUGUGUGUCCAGUUGGAUUCUGGGAAUUUAACAGGAUGCCCCAAGGAAUAACAAAUGCGCCUUCAACCUUCCAAAGACUGAUGGAAAAGUGUGUUGGCGAUAUGAACCUAAAAGAAGUUUUAGUGUUCAUUGACGACCUGAUUAUUUUCUCAUCGUCCCUGGAAGAACAUGAACAACGCUUGCAGCGUGUUCUUGGACGAUUGAUGACAUAUGGUUUGAAACUGGCACCAGAGAAGUGCAAAUUCUUUCAAACAUCAGUGAAAUACCUUGGUCACAUUGUUUCUGAGAGAGGUGUUGAAACCGACCCAGAGAAAGUUCAGGCCUUAAAGACCUGGCCAAUCCCCACAAAUCUUAAAGAGCUUCAAUCCUUUUUAGGAUUUGCUGGAUACUACCGACGGUUCAUUCAGGGGUACUCUACUA